GGCUCCGCGACCUGCUCCUCGCCCGGCCCUGCGCCCCGCUCCCCGAGCCGCGGGCGGCGCGGCCAUGAGGCUGCGGGGACGCGAUCCCCGAGCCGCCCCCGCCUCCAGCGCGGGGGCCGGCGACGCGCGGCGGCUGGCGCCCCCGGGGCGGAACCCUUUCGUGCACGAGCUGCGUCUCAGCGCCCUGCAGAAGGCCCAGGUCGCCAUCAUGACGCUGACGCUGUUCCCCAUCCGGCUGCUGGCUGCCGCCGCCAUGAUGCUGCUUGCCUGGCCCCUGGCGCUUGUGGCCUCGCUGGGACCCGCUGAGCAGGAACCAGAGCGACCCCUGGCCUUGUGGCGGAGGGUCGUGGACGUCCUGCUCAAGGCCAUCAUGCGUACCAUGUGGUUUGCCGGCGGCUUCCACCGCGUGGCCGUGAAGGGGCGGCAGGCGCUGCCCACCGAGGCCGCCAUCCUCACCCUGGCACCACACUCCUCCUACUUCGAUGCCAUCCCCGUCACCAUGACGAUGUCCUCCAUCGUGAUGAAGGCAGAGAGCAGAGACAUCCCGAUAUGGGGAACGCUGAUAAAGUACAUCCGGCCAGUGUUCGUGUCCCGGAUGGACCAGGAUUCUCGCAGGAAGACCGUGGAAGUGAUCAAGAGACGGGCGCAGUCCAGUGGGAAGUGGCCGCAGAUAAUGAUUUUCCCAGAAGGCACAUGUACCAACAGGACCUGCCUAAUUACCUUCAAGCCUGGUGCAUUCAUCCCAGGAGUUCCUGUCCAGCCGGUGGUUUUGCGGUACCCAAACAAACUGGACACCAUCACCUGGACGUGGCAAGGCCCCGGAGCGUUGAAAAUCCUGUGGCUCACAUUGUGUCAGUUUCACAAUCAAGUGGAAAUUGAGUUCCUCCCCGUGUACGCCCCCUCAGAGGAGGAGAAGGAGGACCCCACACUGUACGCCAGCAACGUGCGGCACGUGAUGGCAGAGGCCCUGGGCGUCUCCGUAACUGACUACACUUUUGAGGACUGCCGGCUGGCCCUGGCGGAAGGCCAGCUUCGUCUCCCCGCGGACACGUGCCUUCUGGAGUUUGCCAGGCUGCUGAGGGGCCUGGGGCUAAAACCAGAAAAACUCGAAUGCGAUCUGGACAGACAUGCAGAAAGCGCCAGGAUGAAGCAGAGCAGGAGCCUGACUCUCCCCAAGUUCGCGGCGCAGCUGGGGGUCCCCGAGUCCGAGGCGCUGCAGGACCUCUUUGCCCUGUUUGAUGAGAGAGGCCGCGGGGAGGUGGACAUGCGGGAGUACGUGGUCGCCUUGUCCGUCGUCUGCCGGCCGUCCCAGACCCUGGACACCAUCCAGCUGGCGUUCAAGAUGUACGGGUCGCAGGAGGAUGGCAGCAUAGACGAGCACGCCCUGUCCAGCAUCCUCAAGACCGCCUUGGGAGUGGCUGAACUGGCGGUGACCGACCUCUUCCGGGCGAUCGACCAAGAGGAGAAGGGCCGGAUCACGUCCGCCGACUUCGAGAGGUUUGCCGAAGCGUACCCCGACUUCGCGGAGGAACACCUGUACCCCCAGCAGACACAGUCCCAGAGCUGCACGCCGACGCCCCCGGCUCCCACCCCCAACGGCUUCUGCGCCGACUUCAGCCCCGAAAACUCGGCCGCUGGGGCGGAGCCUUUCCGUAAGAAGCUGGACUAGGACGUGAGGUUCUGGAGAGACGAGGCCUCUGCCCAGCCGCCGCCCCGUCUGCCGUGACAGCAUCCGGGCUCCAGGCUCCCACACGUGCUGUCCCUUUCCUGCCCUCGGGCCCGAGUCCUAGAGCAGCGCGGGCCCGAGGCCGUGGCCUUGCGUGCCCUGACGGGCGCGGCGAGCUCAUGGGGGCGGCUCCUGGGGCUCCCUUCCAGGCGGCACUCUGGGGCCGGCCCGGGCGUUGCUCUCUUUUCACCUCGAGCCUCCCAUUUUGUUUCCAUCCUCUCCCAGCGUCCCUGCUGAUCCGCUCCAGGCCGCGCAGGCCGGCGGCUGCCACACGCACCUGAAAGCAGGACGUGUCACCCGCGUUUCGAUUCCGGCACAAAGGCUCUGCCGACCUCGGUGGAAUCGGUGGGCAGACCGCCAUCUAUCUGAUUUUUCAACGUUUCUAUAUUUUCAGGAGCUCAUGAGUAUUUUAUAAACUUCAUUUAGAUACUUCAGGAAACACUCAGCAUUUUUUUACGAAAAGAGAAUUGCUUUUCUACUUCAUCUUCCUUUGAGGGUCAGGGGAUGUUUAUUUAUAGGCCCUUUUCCUGACUGACCCUGAGGCUGGCUGGGGCUUUGAGCUCACUCUCCCUCCAGCCCCUCUCGACCAGGGAACUCCUCUCCACUGAGGCACCGGGCCCGGAACCGGUGCCCGGUUGUCUCCUCGGUCCUUUACAAACCCCCUCUUUUUAUACCAGCUUGGGGUUUCUGUUUCCGUGUGACAUGAUCUACUUCACCGAAGUGUCAGCUCCGAUCAGAGCAUUGAAUGUGGGGGAGAUGAGGUGGGCUGGGGUGGAAAUGGGGGGGGGGGGUCCUGCCUCCCGGGCCGGGUGCCCCAGGGGAUGGUGACACCCUGGAAGGCCCUGCCUGCGCUGACUGGGUUCUCGGGGCAUCUGGAGACGGAUGAGCCUCGGGGAAGGAGGGGGCUGGGAGCAGUGCCACCGGCUCGGGAGGGCCUCCAGGUGCUGCCUUCACUCUCCUGAAACCACCUUGAUUCAUCUCCUGGUGACACAGCUAGAAACCUGGCCUCAAAGCACAAUGACAACCACCCACUGAGUUUGUUCCCUGAAGCAAAGCCUCUGGGUCUGUUUGGGAAAUUUUUUUUGAGUUUCUAAGAGGAUUGGAUUUUCUCUUGGGGGCAUCUCCAUAGGAAGUGACCACCAGAGCCAGAAGUACAGGGAAAAUGUUUACUAACUUCCUGAGGCUUGGAGAUGUGCGAGUCUACAGUUAGACGUCAGAAAAGGAAACACCCGUAACUUCCGUUCAUUCCGAAGGCCCUCCUGCCCCGCGCGGGGGGUGA